UUUUAGGGCACAUUCUCACAAGCUCACUCACCAAAAAGGUGUUUUGCCUGACUUGUUCAGGAAUUCAGAGAUAUGUAAGGAGGAUGAUUACUUUUAAAUUGUAGACUUUGGAAACAAAAUACUAGAAGCCUAGUAUAUCGAUGCUGUAUGAAUUCUUCAGUGCUGUAUAGGGUCCUUGUGAGGGACAAGGCUGCUAGUGAGCUACUUCUAAAUCAGACAUGACUUUGAGCUGGGCUAUUUUGGAAACUAAGUAACUGAUGAGGCUCAAGGUGUGGUCUGCCAGGGAUAAGUAUUUUAUUUUGUGUUUUUACAUGUACUUGGGUCACCUGAUGCAGCUGCCAGACAGUGUCCUCUGUAAGUAACAGACUGGGGGCGGAGGAGUGGUGGCCUGUAGUGAUCCUUCCCUGACUUUUUCAAAGUGGAGAUUGCUAGCUUUCAGACAUCUAGGCAGGAGAGAAAAAAAGGGACAUGCUAUGGGGGUACCUUUAUUUGGGGACAGUAAGCCCUUCUAUUUCCAAAUCUGGAACAGACUAAGCCAGAAGCUGCAAGGCAAAAAGUCCUGGGAUAAACACCUGGAUGAAAUCUACUUACUUCAGCAGAAAAGGAUCUGGGAAACUCCACUCCUCCAGGCUGCCAAAGAGAACAACCUCCCAGCUAUUAGGAAACUUCUCACUGACAGAACAUGUGAUAUUUAUCAGAGAGGUGCAGUGGGAGAGACUGCACUUCAUGUAGCUGCCUGGUAUGAUAAUGUGGAGGCUGCAGUGACACUGAUGGAAGCAGCUCCUGAGCUUGUCAAUGAGAGGAUGACGUCAGAGCUCUAUGAAGGGCAGACAGCUCUCCACAUUGCAGCAGUGAACCAGAAUGUCACUUUGGUGAAGGCUUUACUCAAGAGAGGGGCCAAUGCCUGCACAGCACGAGCCACUGGGAACUUCUUCAAGCACAGAUCCCAGAGUCUUCUCUAUUUCGGCGAACAUGUUUUAUCAUUUGCUGCCUGUGUGGGAAAUGAGGAAAUUGUACAGUUGCUCAUUGAAAAUGGAGCUGACAUUAGAGCUCAAGAUUAUCUGGGUAACACUGUUCUUCACAUCCUGGUCCUCCAACCUAAUAAGACAUUUGCCUGCCACAUGUACAGCCUGAUGCUUUCCUAUGACAGAAACAAAGAUGGACCAGGAUCACUUGAAUUAAUUCCUAAUAAUGAGGGGCUUACUCCAUUCAAACUGGCUGGAGUUGAGGGCAACACUGUGAUGUUUCAAUACCUUAUGCAGAAGCGGAAGCACAUUCUCUGGUCUUUCGGCCCCUUGACCUCUGUGCUUUAUGAUCUCACAGAGAUUGACUCCUGGGCUGAAGAUCAGUCCUUCCUUGAGCUCAUUGUUUCAACCAAGAAGAGAGAGGCACGCCAGAUCUUGGACCUAACACCUGUGAAGGAGCUGGUGAGCCUGAAGUGGAAUAUGUAUGGUCGUCCAUAUUUCUGUUUCCUGACUUUAUUCUAUAUACUCUACAUGGUCUGCUUCACUAUGUGCUGUGUCUACCGACCACUGAAACCCCGAACAGGCAACAAAACAAGCAGCAGAGACAAUACAAUUUAUGUCCAGAAAAUGCUGCAGGAAUCAUAUGUGACAUAUGAGGAUGAGCUGAGGCUGGUGGGGGAGCUGAUCACAGUUGUUGGAGCUAUAGUUAUUUUGAUUCUUGAGAUCCCAGAUAUCCUUAGAGUUGGAGCAGCAAAAUACUUUGGACAAACCAUCCUAGGAGGGCCUUUUCACAUAAUUGUCAUCACAUAUGCUUGCAUGAUUCUAGUAACCAUGGUGAUGCGUCUCACCAGCAUAACUGGUGAGGUGGUCCCCAUGUCCUUUGCCCUGGUGCUGGGAUGGUGCAAUGUCAUGUACUUCGCACGAGGCUUCCAGAUGCUCGGACCCUUUACCAUCAUGAUCCAGAAGAUGAUAUUUGGGGAUCUUAUGCGCUUUUGCUGGCUCAUGGCUGUGGUGAUACUAGGCUUUGCAUCAGCUUUUUACAUCAUCUUCCAGACAGAGAAUCCAAAAAACCUUGGGCAGUUCUACAACUAUCCCAUGUCCUUGUUCACCACCUUUGAGCUGUUCCUCACUAUCAUUGAUGGCCCUGCCAACUAUGAUGUGGACCUGCCUUUUAUGUACAGUGUGGUAUACUUUGCCUUUGCCAUCAUUGCCACCCUUCUUAUGCUCAACCUGUUAAUUGCCAUGAUGGGUGACACCCACUGGAGAGUGGCCCAUGAGCGGGAUGAACUCUGGAGAGCCCAGGUUGUUGCUACCACUGUCAUGCUGGAGCGGAAACUGCCACGGUGUCUCUGGCCUCGCUUUGGAAUCUGUGGGCGGGAUUAUGGGCUAGGGGACCGAUGGUAUCUCAGAGUUGAAGACAGAGUUGAUCCCAACAAACACAAGAUGAUGUGGUACACAGAAGCAUUUAAGGCUCAGGAUAGGGACAACUAUGACAAAGGUUCAGAAAAGCUGGAAAUCAAUAGGAAUAUCAUGUACAAGAAGGAACUGUCUGCUCUGUCAUUGUCACGGAGCACAUCCAGAACUAGUUCUCACCGUGGCUGGGAGAUCCUGAGACGCAACACCUUUGAUCAUCUUAGUAGAGAGAUGGAUAUCCAGAACUCCUCUGUGUACCUCUUUCUGUGCUGCACCUCCCUUGUAGUGAGAAUAUUUUUCUUCAUAUCCAACCUGAACAUGUCAAGUCACAAUUGAUCAUUGUACUUCAUUAUUCAGACAUUCAUGUCCUUUUUUAUUUGAAUCCUCAUCCUUCCAGAAAAUGAAGAAUUAAAAUAAAAUAAAAUUGCAAGUCCAUCUU